UGUUUCUCAUGACCCAUGAAGAGAGUUUACAUCAAAACUGCCCAUCUUCAGGCACCCAGGCCCACCACUGCUGAUCUGUCCAGGACCCAGCAGACAGUAGGCCUUGAGGGAUCCCUGAGGGGCUGUGUGGCCCCAGAAGGGACCGCACAGAGCCCCUGAAGGUCCCCUACACGCUGCUGAUGGUCAGAAGGGCGUGCUUUGCGCUUUAUUAGGACACGACUGUCCAAAUAAAACCAAGAACGGGGAGGCACUGGCCCUGCACGCAUGCCGCAGACACUUGAUUUCAGGCAUGGCCCUGAAAAACCCAGAACAUAAACGUUAUAAAAAGGCUACAGGUGGGGCUGGAGCGAUAGCACAGCGGGUAGGGCGUUUGCCUUGCACGCGGCCGACCCGGGUUCAAUCCCCAGCAUCCCAUAUGGUCCCCCAAGCACUGCCAGGAGUAAUUCCUGAGUGCAAAGCCAGGAAUAACCCCUGAGCAUCGCUGGGUGUGACCCGAAAAGAAAAGGCUACAGGUGGUAGUGGGGCGCCGCUCCUUGCACGCAGCCUAUCUGGGGCAGGUGCCCAGGACCUUAUAGGGUCCCUUGAGCACAGCCCCGUGUAGCACCAAAAAGUCAAAGGACAAGAGUGGCGUCGCCAGGCGCAAGAUGCAACCCUGGCCUCCGGCUGGAGCCACAGUUUUGGGUUCCUGCGCCCGCCCGCGCAGGCCGGGGUCCCCACGGGGGCGGGGGCAGAGGGUGAAGGACCCGGAGGCCGCCCCUCGGACACAGCUGGGGGCGCCAGGGGCUGCGCUGUCGCCAAGAGAGGGACCUGGAGAAUCAAGCGCGGGGCGGAAGGGGCGGGACCGCCGCUCGCUUCCGGGGCUGGCCCCGCCCCUGGCCGCGUGCCCGCCGGUGCAUUCCGCGCGAGCCCAGCCCAGCCCGGCAUCGUUGUGAGGGUCGCAGUUCCUGGCCGCUACGGGGUUGCAGAGUCCGAGAGCGAGAGGAGCCGGAGUCCCGGCGACAGAUCGACCACGCCCCCGCAGACCGCCCCCCACCCCCAGGCCUGCCAUGAACUGGGGGGCCGGCGGGGGCUGCACCCCGCGCCCACCCAUCCGCCCGCAGCCGGCGUCCGAGCGCCGAGUGGUGAUCGUGGUCUUCCUGGGCCUUCUGCUGGACCUCCUGGCUUUCACCCUGCUGCUGCCGCUGCUGCCCCGGCUGCUGGAGAGCCACGGCCACGCCCACGACCCCCUAUACAGCUCCUGGCAGAGUGGGGUGGACAGGUUCGCUGCGGCCAUCGGGAUGCCCGCCGAGAAGAGGUACCACACCGUCCUGUUUGGAGGUCUCAUCGGCUCUGUCUUCUCGGGGCUGCAGUUUCUGUGCGCACCGCUCACGGGCGCCAUCUCUGACCGCCUGGGAAGGCGCCCCGUGAUGCUGCUGUGCCUGACAGGGCUGGCCGCGUCCUACGCUGUGUGGGUGGCCUCCAGGAGCUUCGCCGCCUUCCUGGCCUCCAGGGUUGUUGGGGGCAUCAGCAAGGGCAACGUCAGUCUCUCCACAGCCAUCGUGGCCGACUUGGGUUCCCCUGCUGCCCGCAGCCGAGGCAUGGUGGUGAUCGGGGUGGCCUUCUCGCUGGGCUUCACGCUGGGCCCCAUGCUGGGCGCCUCCCUGCCCGCCGACACCGCGCCCUGGCUCGCGCUGCUCUUUGCGGCCGCCGACCUGCUCCUCAUCCUCUGCCUCCUGCCCGAGACGCUGCCCGCGGAGAAGCGAGCUUCCUCGGUGGCUCUGGGGUUCCGGGCUGCCGCCGACCUGCUCAGCCCCCUGGCGCUGCUGCGCUUCUCAGCAGCGGCCCGUGGCCAGGCCGCGCCUGCUGCAGAGGAGCUCAGCAGCCUGCGCCGCCUGGGCCUGGUCUACUUCCUCUACCUCUUCCUCUUCUCCGGCCUGGAAUUCACACUGAGCUUCCUGGCCCAUGAGCGCUUCCAGUUCAGUAGCCUGCAGCAGGGCAAGAUGUUCUUCUUCAUCGGCCUUGGCAUGGCUGCCGUGCAGGGCGCCUACACCCGCCGCAUCAGUCCCGGCAGGGAAACAGCAGCUGUGAGCCGGGCCAUCCUGCUGCUGGUCCCUGCCUUUCUUCUCAUCGGCUGGGGGUGCUCGCUGCCCACUCUGGGCCUGGGGCUGCUGCUCUACGCGUUUGCUGCCGCCGUGGUGGUGCCCUGCCUGUCCUCUGUGGUCGCUGGCUAUGGCUCACCUGCACAGAAGGGCACGGUCAUGGGCACGCUGCGGAGCCUGGGUGCCCUCGCCAGGGCACUGGGCCCCUUGGUGGCCGCCUCAGUGUACUGGCUGACCGGCGCCCGGACCUGUUUCACCAUGUGCUCCAGCCUCUUCUUGCUCCCCUUCCUCAUCCUGCGGACUCUCAGGCUGCCAGCACCAGCCAAAGCCGAGUAGGCAGGAAGUGGAGGCAUGCCCGCCCUUCCCACAGGCCCAGCCCAGGAAGGCCCGCCCUUGCGCUGCCUGCCUCCUGCUGCCCGUUGCUGCCUCUGCACCCAGCACCAGGCCCACAGGCUGCAAGGUCAUCACGCACCUCAGUUUCCCUUGCAUACAACAGUGGGAGCACAGCAUUUGAUGCCCAGAGCCCUCCCUGCCAGUCUGUGGGGACAGGGGUCAGGUCCUGUCACAUGCUCGGCCCUUCUGGCGAGGGUUUGGGGUCACAAUAUAUAUACUUUGGGGCCUUUUGUGGGAAUUAGAGAUAAACGUGAAAACCCCUAAUAAAGGAAUUAAGAAUUAA